AUGGAAGAAGAAAUGGCGAUGGACACUUCUCCUAAUCCCGGUGAUAAUUACUUCGAUCCUCAGAACCUCUCUUCGCGACAGCAGUUCCGCAGAUACGGGAAGAGGCAUUCAACUUCAGGUGCUUCAAUCCAACAGGACAACUCGGCUUCCAAGUUGAGUAAAACUGGGUUGUUAUAUGAUGGCCAAAGCAUCCAUAGUCCUACUAAUGCAGCACUUGUUCUUGAAAAUAUUAAACAAGAGGUUGAGAAUCUUGAUGCUGAUUACUUGGAAGAGAAGACACCAUAUUCCACUAGGAGGAGGUUGUCUUCCGAUGUUCAUGGAGUCCCUGGUGUGGAUGGUGGUAUUGACUCUGUACGCUACUCAUUAAAGGCUUGUAAGACGGAAGGUGACUCGUUGGGAGAUGGUGCAGAAACAAUAUUUACUUUGUUUGCAUCUCUGCUUGAUUCUUCUUUGCAAGGACUGAUGCCUAUUGCUGAUCUGAUACUAAGGGUUGAGAAUGCGUGUCGAAAUGUUUCAGAAUCUAUAAGGUAUGAUUUGAAUGUAAGGCAUCGAGUUGUUGAGGACAAAUUGAUGAGGCAGAAGGCUCAACUCUUGCUUGAGGAGGCGGCAACGUGGUCUCUCUUGUGGUUCCUUUAUGGGAAAGGAAAUAUAUUGCAAACCAUAUACUUUUGGUUUUUUUAUGGACCACUUACUUCUCUGUCCUAA